UCCGACCAGAAGGCAACCUGGCCCUGCAGUCCUGGACAUGCAGAUGGGUGGGCUGGUAGCAGGCCUGUGAGCUGAGGGGUCAGCUAUCAUCACUGGAAAUGGCCAUGGAAUGUGCCAACUCAAUGCAGGUUAACUAGGGUGCUGCUGAGUUCUCAGAGCAGCUCAGCCAGACCUGCCCCGGCUUCCUCUGUUUUUUGACCAGCUCUAGGAAUAGAACCAAGGGAAGCUGAACGAGGAAGCAACAUGGCACAAAGAAAAGCAGAAGUGGAAGCCCUGAAGGCCUGAACUCAGGGGGCUGAGGCCUCAGGUCCAUCUGGGGCCCCGGCAGUGUUGCAGGUGGUGUCUCUGCUGGAGACGGGACCAUGUGGCUGCCCCCAGCUCUGCUGCUUCUCUGGGUCUCAGGCUGCUGCUCUCUGAGCUGCCCUCCCACCAUGACGGGCACCGUCGGGGGCUCCCUGACUGUGCAGUGUCAGUAUGAAGACGAGUACAGGGAUGCACAGAAGUACUGGUGCAGAGAAAGGCUUGUAUCAUGUGACAAGAUCGUGGAGACACAAAUAUCAAAGAGAGAAUUGGGGAGAAGCCGAGUGUUCAUCAGGGACAACCCUGCAAACCUGACCUUCACAGUGACCAUGGAGAACCUCACAGUGACGGAUACAGGCACAUACCUGUUUGGUAUCAAUGUACCCAGAUAUUUUGAUCCUAACUUCAAAGUUGAGGUGUUCGUGUCCCCAGCAUCAAUGCCAGUGAUGCCGACAAGGAUCACCACAGCCCAAACCUCAACAGUCACAACUGAAGACCCAGCUGUGCUGUCCACCACCCUGUGUGCAGUGAGUGCCACCCACAGCGCAACCAUCCAGGAAGACUCCAGGCAGAGCCCAGGCCCAUGGGAAGGCAAGGUCCCCUGCACACCUGCCUCCACCCUGCACCUCCCGCCUCCCCCUAGGCUUGCCCUGCUGCUCUCCUUCUUGGUGAUUUUACUGCUCCUGUUGGUGGGGACCUCGCUGAUGUUACGGAGGAAGUUUCAGAAGCCAGUCAGAGCUGGUGAGCAUUUGGAGCUGUCCCAGGGCCCCAGGCAGGCUGCCGAGCAGAGUGAGGAACACUACGUGAAUCUGGAGCUGCUGGCGUGGCCCCUGCGGGAAGAGCAGACACCACCGAAGCAGAUGGAAGUGGAAUACAGCACCGUGGGUGCCCCCAUGGAGGAGCCUCACUAUUCCUUGGUGGUGUUUGACCAGCAGGAUGCUACAGCCAACGGGAUGUCUGUCCAGAGGCCCCGGGAUGUGGGGCCGGAGUACAGCGUGAUAAAGAAGCCAAGGUCUUAGUCAGCUUCACACCGAGCUCUCCUUGGCCCCCAGGACUCCCAGGGAUGGCUCCUGUAGCCCUCACCCAUGUCCCCCUCAGCCUUCUGUCCUCGAUAGUGGCGGCAGGCAGCUGUCACUCUUGUGCUGUCAGCCGGGCUGACUUCACUGAGGGCAGGCAGGGGCAGGGCUUCUAGGGGACAGUCUCCUCUCUCCUCUUCGUGCUCUUUAAUCCAGGCUCUUUGUGUGGAGGAGGCAUAUCCUCCAUCCAGUCCCGUGUGGCUCCAGAAAAAGACAAGGCUCACAUAGGCUGGCACCUGCCAAUAGCUUUGUGAAUCACAGCCCCAUAAGAACAGCUGGCGCUGCUUGGGCUCUGAAAGAACUGGCGAGAAGAACCAACAGAAUGCAAAGGAGGGCGUAUGACCUCGCGCAGGGGACACAGGAGCACUAAAGACCCAACCCUCUCAUCUCGCAGACAAGGAAACAGAGGCCCAGAGAGAUGAGAGACUUGUACAUGGCUCUGGAGCUGGCAGCAAGCUGCUAGGGACUCUGAGAUAGGUUUAUUUUUUUAAUGUAAGGGGUAUAAAUUAAGUUUCAAAUAUCUUAUUGAGGGAGAAGAGAAAAGCUAUUUAAACAACGCCUGGUGUGUGUCUGUGAUCUUGCAUUAAAGAAAGCUCCUAGCUUUCAUCCCCAGUGAGUGCAGAGAGCCUUCCAGGAUGCAGUGUGUUGGGGACAGCGUGACAGGUGUCCUCACUGAGUGUGAGAGGAUGGUCAUAGACACGUCUCUCCACAGUGGAGGGUUUUCUUGUGGGGAGAUUUCAAAUUUGAUGCAUAUACCCUGUUUCCCCGAAAAUAAGACAGUGUCUUAUUUUAAGGUGUGCUCCCAAAGAUGCACUAGGUCUUAUUUUCAGGGGACGUCUUAUCCUUCCUUUAAGUAGGUCUUAUUUUUGGAGGAUGUCUUAUUUUCGGGGAAACAGGGUAGUUUCCCAGGCUGUUCUGAGUCUGCAGCAGCCAGCCGUGGCUUUAAAACCACACUCACCACGCUGUGGCUGGGAAGUCACUUUGGUAAUUUUCUUUUAACACUUAACAUCUUUUGUACCCCAUGAUUGCAUGAAUGUACACAGCUAUGAUUUAAUAAAA